AAAACUGACAAAAGUACAAGUAGUGUAACUCAACAUUUGGACUCAAGCACAGUAGCCUACUGAAGUAAAUGUAGGCUUCUGGUACAUUCCACCAGUGUAUAUUGUGCUGCCAGUCUUAUGAUAAUUAACAGACACUAGUUUGGUUUUAACUGCGACACGAGGCUGCAGGUGUGUCCCGGUGUGUCCCGGUCCCCCCUCCCGUAGAGCCAGAGCAGCGGAGCCGGAAGGGGAGGCUAAAAGCCGCCGCCCCGUCUCCAGCAGACUAAGCGAUGGAUCAGACAGGCCUGCAGCAGUUCCAGGUUCAGGUCAGCCAUGUGGUCUCCAGGGUGCAGUUCUUCCAGUCGGACUGGGACAUCGCCUCCUUUGCAGUCUUCUUCAUCUUCAUAGGGAUGGUUCUGCUGCUGUUCAUCCUGGUCCUCAUUCGCUGUUGCUGCUGCUGCUGCUGUGAUGAUGAGAGGCCUCGCAGACGGAAGGUCGGCAUAGAGAACAUGGCCCUGGAGCCCUGACACAUGGAGGGGGGGGGGCUGCUUCGACUCGUGUGCCAAAGCUUUGACUCGACUGGCGCCAGUCUGUCACCAAACGUAGUAUGAAUAUAGGGCUGCACAAUUAAUCAAAAUAUAUAUAUAUAUUUUUUUAGAUUAUUUUUUGGCCUUUUUACUUGAUAGGAUAGCAAGGGGAGAAAGGGGAGGGGGGGGGGACAUGCAGGAAAUCAUAACAGGUCGGAUUCAAACCCUGGACCUCUGCUUGGAGGCAUAAACCUCUAAGACAUAUGUGCGCCUGCUCUACCCACUGAUGCAUUUAUUGCAAUUUCAUCAAAAUCGCAAUAUGAACUAGUCCAAUAUCCAAAAUGUGUGUGUGAAAAAUGUGUGUCUAACUCUUCUGAUUGAAGUAUUGUGUUGUGCCCACACAUCCUCUCUUACAGACAAAUCUUUAUUUGGUACAGAUCCUCGCCAAAAAAAAUCUUAACUUUUUUAUAAUUAUUUGCUCAUUUUUUAUGUUUUUCAAUGAAAACGAGAAUAAUAAAUCAAAAAUCAUCCCUGUCAAUAUCGUGAAUCAUAUCGCAAUAUCAGUCAAAAUAAUGGUGUUCUUUUCCCAUGGUGCCACCCUGGUACGGAAAUCUAACUGUCGCUGCUGUGUUGCUAGGAUACCACCGAGCAGCUGUCUUGUGUUUUUAUGCCUGUGUAAAUUCAUAAAUCACCUUCUUGUGUGUUGAAAGAAUGUUGGCUUCAGUUUGAAGGUUUUAUUUGGUAACACAUCCAUAAAAGCCAU